CAUUUUCCUUUCUUCAACAAUUCUCAAGUAUAUAUACACGCACAUAUAUACAUAUACAUAUACAGACAUACAUUCAUAGGGCUUGGAAGGAAAGAUGAUAUGCGAGGAGAGUUAUCAACACCAAUGCGAGAAGCAACAUGGACAAAAGGAGCACACGAUGACGAUGAGGGUGGAUCACCAUAAACAUCAUCAAGAGAGGAGAACAUCAUCGCCAUCAUCAUCAUCCAUGACAUCCAAUUUGGAGGAAGAGAUGUUGGAGGUUGUGAAUUUGAGUGGAAUGGCAUUGCUAUCUCUCCCCAAUCCUUCUCUCAAUUUGGCCCACAUUUGCAAGCUUGAUCUCUCCAACAACCAUCUCCAGAGCAUACCGGAGUCAUUAACAGCAAGACUUCUGAAUUUGAUGGCAUUGGAUGUUCGCUCGAACCAGCUCAAAUCACUUCCCAACUCCAUUGGCUGUCUCUCCAAGCUCAAGUUCCUCAACAUCUCUGGCAAUUUUCUCAUUUCCCUCCCCAAAACUAUCGAAUAUUGCAGAUCGCUUGAAGAGCUGAAUGCUAACUUCAACAAACUCAUCAAGUUACCAGACACAAUGGGUUUCGAGCUAACCAACCUGAAGAAGCUGUCUGUCAACUCGAACAAGCUCAUCAGCCUUCCAUACUCCGUCACUCACCUCACCUCCCUCCGUACCCUCGAUGCCCGUCUCAACUGCCUCAUGUUCCUCCCGGAUGAUCUCGAGAACCUAAUCAACCUCGAGACCCUCAACGUCAGCCAGAACUUCCAGCACUUGACCGCUCUCCCUUCCUCCAUCGGCCUCCUCAUGAACCUCGUAGAACUCGAUGUCAGUUACAACAAGAUCGCGGCUUUACCCGAUUCCAUCGCCUGUAUGAGGCGGCUAAGGAAGCUAAGAGUCGAGGGCAACCCGCUCGUGUCCCCGCCCAUGGAGGUCGUGGAACAGAGCUUGCAAGCUGUGAGGGAGUACCUGACUCAGAAGAUGAAUGGCACUGGGCAGAGGAGUCCCACCAAGAAGAAAUCGUGGGGGUUCGGUAAAUUGGUGAAGUAUGGAACAUUCAACGCGCGAUCAAAGAAGUGGGCGAGGGAGGAGAGGGACGGAUUCAUCAUGCCAGAGUACCGUACGAUCGAUGGCCUUGCUUCCCCUCGGUACGGUGGAAUGUUCUCCCCACGACGUCUCUUUUCCCCGAAGACCUAUUUCAGCAGAUAACCAUACAAUGCAGAGAAAGAGAGAAAUCCCAUAUUCCAGCAAGCAGUGCAUAUUUGUAAAGCAUUUGGUUCGAAACAAUUCAAUGUGUCACAAAUUGCCUUCAAGGCAUCAUACAUUGUAUCAAAGGGUGUAAUACGCAUGAUUUCAGAUUUCAGGAUGCUUGUUAAUUUUCAUUCUUCAUAUCUGCCCACACACACUGUCUAGAUUAAGUUGAUGAAUAAAGUGCUUUACCUUUAAGAAAAUUCAUCCCCAACACUAUCAAAAUCUUUUAGACACUAUUGACAGACUCAUAUUUAUAACCGGAGGAAAGUAAGUAAGAUCAUGCAUGAUUCAGGACAAUUCACAACAGUCAAAGGAACUCGAUUUCCUAUCUUCAUUCCCCUCCUCGAUCUACACACAUUUGAUGAUCUAAAGGCCCUUUCCCAUCAGUGGCAUAAAGACAACAAUCAAAGGAACCCGAUUUCCUAUCUUUUAGUUCCUCAGCCUGAAUUCAAGCAUCACUUCAAAGGAUCACGGUUCUCUCAAGUUUGGACUAGAGCAAAUGAAAUUUGGCUGGAACCCAGCAAAAAACAUUAGCUCGUUGUUUCCCCCUCCCCCCUUCUAUUAUUGCUACGAAGAAAUACACAACAUUAAAUUCAGCUCAGGCUUGAACAGGGAAUGCAUUCUCCCUGAGACAGUAGAGUAAUCGUAUACAGACCUCAAAAAAAUCAAAGAAGAUGCGACCUUCUUAACAUCAUCGACAAGAGACCCAACACUCAGCUGAAAUUUCCAUUACCAAACGCUAAGCAAACAGGAAAAUUCAGAAUCUGGUUCACAUCUGUCAGGAAAUGCUAAGAAUGUGUAUUGGAAUAAUAGAUGAAACUCAGCAUGCAGCUGGAGAACCAA